GUCAGUCAUGUUUGAUAGGCCAUCCUCAACAACUUUUAGUAUAAUCUAAACAUGUUCAAUAAUGAACUUUCAAUGUCCCAAUCAUCACUCUAUGAGCACUAUGAACACAGAUGAGGAUGUCAUAGACGAAUUGAAUAAUGAACAUCCUUACUCUACUUCAGAAAAGGAUCUUGAGCCAAUUCAUAAUGGGGAAAAAUUAAAAUGGGAUCAUCCUGCUGGUAUUGUUGGGAAAAAAAUAGGUUCUCCAGCAAUCUAUUCAUGUGAAUUAUGUCAUUUGCCAAUAAUUAUAUAUGGAAGAUUAAUGCCAUGUAAACAUACAUUUUGUUUUUCUUGUUCAUUCAAUUUAGAGAAUGUAUAUUGUAUAAGAUGCAAUACAAAAGUUGAUACUAUUGAAAAAAUUUCAUUAGGUAUGGUAUUUUUAUGCAAAGAAAUGACUUCUCAAGCUAAAAUUUGUAAUACAUCAUAUUUAUCAUCACAAGAAUUGCUUAAUCAUUCUAAAAAUCAUAAAAUUGAGUCUACUACACCUAUUUCAAAUAUAUCAUCAGAUUUAAAAUCAAAAAAUAAUAUUUUAGACAAUUUGUUUUCAACACUUACUUCACAAUCAUUAAUUAAUAAUGAGCUUUUAAUAAAAAAUAAAAAAGUUACCUCUAGUAGUCUUAUUUUAUCUAAUCUAAAGUGUUCAAUUCAAAAUGAAUACCAAUACAAAAAUAAACUCCCAGAUCAUAAUGACAAUAAACAAAAUAAUUUAAAUUUAUCCACUUAUAAAAAUGACUAUAUUUAUGAAAAAUCAAAAUCCAAUAGCUUAAGAUCAAAAAAUUUAUAUGCACCUUCAGAAUCUACAUUAUUUUAUGUGUCAUCUGCUCUUAAUAACAAUAAUAAUCAACAACUCAGUAAAAGGAAAAGAAACUCCUUUUCAAUUUCUCAACAAGAAUCCGGAUUUAAAAAACCUUCUAACAUUAGUUAUAAAAAUAAAAUACCCACCACUUUGAUUAACAGUUCUGAAGGUUAUUACGAGUAUAACACCAAAGCUAAAACUUAUGAUUUAAACAUAUCUACUAUAAAACCUCAUUCCUCCCAAAUGUUGGUUACUAAUGUAUAUGAAACUCCUAAAGUAUUAUCUUUUAAUUCACCCUUGAUUAAAAAAAACUGUUCUAUAUCUCAAUCAACAUCUCAUUUUAAAACAACGCAAAAAUGUUCUGGAAAUUUGACAAAUUUAAAUAAAAUUGUUAAACACUCAAAUCCAUUAUUACACGAUAUAUUUAAUAAUAUGGUUCCUCCCCCUCCCCCUCCUAUUUUUCCUAAUAUGAAAAAUUGCGAAAGUAAUCUUAUGGUCUCAAAUCAAAUUGAACCAACAAUUUACACUGAUUAUAAUAUAAAUUUAAUUUAUAAUAAAUCUUAUCCUGAUAUAAAUCAUUCUGGAGACAUUUCACCUUCAGUGAAAUAUUCUUCUAACCACAAUUUAAAUAUCCAAUCUUGCAUAAAUACAUCAACUAAAAAUGAUCAAUCUUUCAAUACAAACUCCAUGUUUCACCAGAUACUAUGUGCACCCCCACCACCACCGCCAGAACCAUCCUAUUCAUCUUGCGAUUACAAUAGGAUUCCGAAAUCGUUAUACAAAAAUGUUGAUCCAGCUGCCUUAUUGUUACUUAAUCUCUCAGCAUCAGGUCAUUUGGAUGAAGAAAUAUCUAAUAUGGAUUUUAUGAGGAUAUCCGGUAAUGAUAAAGAAUCCCUUGAAUCAAUUAACAUGAUCAUGUCGCCUGUCCCUCACUCGGUUUUUGAGUAUAUUGAUGAUCACCAUGGUAAUUUAAAUUUAUGUUUGCCUCACUCAUCCAACAAUACAUUUACACAUGUUAUCAAUAAUCAAAAUACAAAUAUAUAUAAUUCAACAUCUAGUUGUAUCCCUUACAAUGUUUUAAAUUCCCAGCCAUAUUUUCCUAUUAACAUAUCUAACAAUGGUCGAAAUAAAUCUAAUAGUAUUGAUAUCAGUGAUAGAUUAAAUUCAAACACUUUAAUAGCGUCCAAUUUAAAAGAGAAUUCGCUGUUUUAUUCCCAUUAUCCUGGCAUGUAUUCGCCAAAAAGCAAUACAUAUUUACACAAUUUUAGUUCUCAAUCGAAUAUAAAUAUCAGCAGCCAAAAUUGUAAUACUGAUAGCUUCAAAAACCUGCCAUCUUGUGAUUAUACAAACAAGCAAAAUUACCAUGAAAAACUGACAGGCUCCUUAUCCAAUUUUGAAGUGGCCAUGAAUUCCGUUGAUGGAAUUCGACGCAUGGCAUCUGACAUGUUCAAUUCUAUGAACUCGACCAAUAAAAAUGCCAAAGACAUUGAUCAAUGUAAUAUUCUCCCACCCAGCGAUAAUCCGGGCCCGUCCAAUAUAAAUUAUGCAAAUCAGCUAAUACCGCCACCCAUGUUCGAUCAGAUCACCCAGAAUUCCAAUAAUUACAUGAAUUCUUUCGUGAAUCAACACUCGCAAAUGGAUAAUUCUAUCGGAAACGCCUCUUCGAUUUCGCCCAACGCCUUUCCUUAUGUUCCUUUUCCCUAUUCCUCUCUCGUCAACAAAUUGACUCACAACCCCGAAUUAAAUUUAACGACGGACCCGUCAGUUCCUUUUCAUUAUCCUUACAAAAUACUUCCACCUGGAAUUUCGGCCAAACAUUAUUCUCCUUUCAACGCAAUGUCACCGCAUCAUUUUCCUCCCCCCUCUCCCUUUUCCCCUCCUUCGUCCGCAAAUAUGACUCAUAACUCGAACCAUUACUCCCAACAUUUGCAUAAAAUUCCUCAUUACUCUAUGCUUACGCCAUUUAUGAGCAGUCAAACAUCUCUACCAUUAUCCCAAAUUACUCCUCUACCCGUACAUAGUUUUACUGAUCACUCGAAAUAUCUUAAUAAUAAUAAUCCCAAUUCUUGAAUUUGUUGUAUUAUAUAUUUUUUUUCCAUUCAACCAUAAUCAUGUGUUGUAUAUAAUAAAU